UAGGAAUCAAACCAAUUUUUUCGGCCCUAGAGAAAUUUCAGCGUAAAAUUAUUUUCCAUGUUCAGAAACACCAACACGUGCUCGGUGCUGGCCGAGAUUCAAAACGUGACUCGUACGCACCGAUAUGCAUUUGAAAUGUGUUCAUGCACACACAACAGGUCGCAAUUAAGAAAACAAUUGAUACAUUAUGUAGCGAAGACGUAAUUCAGACUCAACGAAUAUUUUGCAAGGUUGAUCAUUUGCCUCUAGCAACAUUAUUUUCAGACUGCAGACAGCUGAACCGUUUUGUGCAUUUACUUUUCAAAUCACCCUCGUACGUAUCUAUAAGUUUCUAGUCAGGUGUUUUUCAGUCGAAAUCCUUAUAAUAGGUACUACAUAAGUACAUAACGUAAAUUAAAUAUGAACAAAAAAUCAGUUUUCAUCACAAGGAAUGAUUUUCCUUCAAUCGUGUAUGAAUUGUUGAAACAGAAAUUCGAAAUUGUUAUUUGGCCUUUGUCAGAAAAAAGUGUGAUCUCUAAGAGUAAACUUAUUGAAAAUGUUAAAGGAAAAUUCGCCAUUGUCUGUUCUCGAACCGAAGUGAUUGAUAAAGACGUCAUUGAAGCAGCAGGAAACACUUUGAAAGUCGUGACAACUGUUUCGUCAGGAUUUGAGCAUUUGGACAUAGACGAAUUGAAAUCUAGAGGAAUCAGAAUCGGUUACUCGCCCGUAGAUCAGUUAUCAGAUGCUGUUGCUGAGCACGCGGUUGGUCUUUUGCUCGCCACCAGCAGACGUAUUGUUGAAGCGCAAAAUGUCAUAUUGAAGGGAGAAUGGACGUCCAAAUCGUGGAGUCCUACUUGGAUGUGUGGACACGAAUUGAAUGGAUCUUCGGUAGCGAUUGUUGGAUGUGGCCGAAUAGGUAUUUCUGUGAUGAAAAAAGUAAAAUCUUUCGAUCCUAAACAUAUUUUUUAUUACAAUCGCAGUGAAAAGCCCGAAGCUGAUGCACUUGGAGGAAAAUUAACAUCUCUAGAUUUCAUAAUGAAGGAAAGCGAUUUUAUCAUUUUAGCGCUUUCGCUGGAUGAAGAAACAAGGAGAAUAAUUAGUAAAGAAAGGAUAAAUAAUAUGAAGCCAAAUGCUGUGAUUGUCAAUGUUGGAAGAGGAGGUCUAAUCGAUGAAAAUGCCUUGAUUGAAGCAUUACAAAGUAAGAAAAUUGGUGGAGCCGGUUUGGACGUUUUUUCCCAAGAACCACUACCUACAAAUAGUCCUCUACUGAAAUUGGAUAAUGUCGUGGCGACUCCUCAUACCGCUGGUAACACUAUGAAAUGUAGGAUUGCUAUGGCAAAAGUUGGUGCCUUGAAUGUUCUGGCUGUUUUCAAUAACGAAGAAAUGCCUGCAGAACUAUGAUGAUCAUUUGAAAACAUGAAAAUGAAUCACUACACAUUUCUGUGCCAGUAAUAUUCUUGAAUUAAAAAAUUCUAUGUAUAAUUUUGUUAUGUUACUACCUAUGUACCUAUUUUUAAUACAUUUUUGUGUUAAUUAAAUUUACCAAUAAA